AAAACUGACAGUACACAACAAAGAUGGCGACUGAUCGCCGUACUGGAGGAAUUGAACGUGUUUUGUCCAAGUGUCAGUCUUGUGUAGAAGCUGGAAACUAUUAUGAAGCACAUCAGAUGUAUAGAACAUUGUAUUUCAGAUAUAAAGGACAGAAAAAGUACAAAGAAGCUGCAAGCCUACUCUAUCAUGGGGCUUUAACAUUGAUGAAACAUGACCAGACAUCCAGUUUCACAGAUUUGUCAUUUUUACUGAUAGAUCUCCUCAAUCAGUCAGAAACUCCUGUAUCAGAGGACAUGAUAGAAAAAAUAAUAACCUUAUUUAAAGGAAUGGAACCCCAAAGUGAAGAAAGGCAGAAUUUUGUGGUGGCCGCUGUUCGAUGGACAAUGAAGGUCAACUCACAACACAAGCGUGGCCAUCCUGAUCUCCAUCAGAAGCUGGGACUGUCCUUCUGGGAUGAAAAGAAUUAUGUGCAAGCAAGAUAUCAUCUCAUACAUUCACAUGAUGGAAAGAAUUGUGCCCUUAUGUUAAUAGAGUGCCAUAUAAAAGGUGGUUACCCAAGUGAAGUAGACCUGUUCAUAGCACAGGCAGUUCUGCAAUAUUUAUGUUUGAAAAACAAAGACACAGCACAGGUUGCCUUUGUUAAAUACACAGAAGAUCACCCUGAUGUACGGAGUGGUCCCCCUUAUGUUCACCCUCUCCUUAACUUUCUAUGGUUCUUACUAUUAGCUGUAGAAGGGGGAAGGGUAGCUGUGUUCUCUAUUUUAUGUGAAAAAUACCAAGUAUCAAUAAACAGAGAUCCCUCAUACAGAGAGUAUCUAGACCAAAUAGGACAGCUAUUUUUUGGAUUACCACCUCCACCUAAACAGUCUCAGGGCCUCUUUGGAAAUAUACUACAAAGCAUUAUGGGGGAUGAUGGGGAUGACGACUCUAUGCAGCAAUCAACGUCUGCGGAUUCCGCCCAUCAGUCCACCAGCCAAAGUGUUUCUUUAUCCCCGGUGGAGCUAGAUUAAAGAAACUGUUAUUUUCUACCAGAUCCUCUGUAAUUUAGAGGGGAUAUGUAUUAUGUUUGAAUAUUUAUUUUUAAAAAAUGGUUAUUUGAAAAGAAAUAGCUUUCAUUAUCAACAGUCUCUGGAUAAAGUAAUUAGAAUGGAUUCAAAGGACUAUAUUUGGUAAUCACCAAUAUCUGCCCCCCCCCCCCCCCCCAAAUGAAACUUUCAUGGGGAAAUCUUAAAUUAUGAUCCAAACCAUUAGAAUAUAUGCAGACUUCAAAGCAUUAAACAUUUUUUAUCCACUGUGAUUUAAAUAAAAGUAUAAUGUCAAAAAAAAUGACGUAAAUUCAGCAUUUCAAUGAAUUUUAAUAAAAAGAAAAUAGUAUAUCUUACAGCGAUAAUUUGAUUGGAAAAUAUUGAGUGCAGGUAUGCUCAGAUUCCAUUUUUCGAUGUAUUGUGUAGAAUGAUAAUUUCAGUUUAAAAAUAGUUCUCGAGCAAGAUUGUGCUCUAUAAAAACAAAAGUCAGAUCUAAACAAAAUUCAUUUAUUAUUUUCACUCUUUUUAAAAACCAACAGGAAAUCUCAGUAGUUUGUGAUGUCACAGAGAUGAAAAUACCAAUAUUUUCCCCAAAUCAACAGUGCAUUUUGUUAAUUCAAACUUAUUUUAUACAAAUAUAUAUAAUUGUCCACAUUUCAAGAGAUUUUUAAAAAAAUGACUUGGGGGGGGGUGCCUUUACUGUAUAUAGUUCUUUAACAAAGAUUCAAACUGCACAGCUUAUACAAUGUAAUUUUGAUGAGUUAAAAUAGUUUUUUGCAAUAUUUUUACACAUAAAUUUCAUAGUCAAUAUGACUGUGUAUUGUAUGUGUUCUUCAGCUAGAUAAAGGAACCCCAAUCUG